UCUGCUCUGCUGCUGUCAAUCUCUUCCUCACGUCAAUCUUUUCCGUUUUCAGUUAACAGUGACGUUAAACCGGCGCUAGCGAGAUCUUCAUGGUCGCGAGAACCCCGGGAGGAUGAUAUCCAACAUCUCGACGGCGAUCAAAGAGUAGCGGGCGCGUUCGGUUUGCAACUCGGGAUUCGGAUGGACAGUUUAGGUUAGGUUAGGCGGGGUUGGCAGUGCGGGGUCGCGGCUCUCCGUCGUCAGCGUCGAGGACGUUGGUUCCCUCGGACGGCGUGCACCUCGUUCGCCAUGUACUCGACGAAGACGCCGACUCUGCGCAUCGACGAGGCCGAUCUGAAGUGCAAGAACGGCUGCGGGUUCUACGGCAACGCGGAAUGGGAGGGCUACUGCAGCAAGUGCCACCGGGAGCACCUGCAGAAACGGCGGGCUCAGGCUGAACGUGUGUCGCACGCGCAGACCUCGGAUGCAGACAAUGUCAGUCGAUCGACGAGUGGAAGCCACAAGAGCUACGAGGAGAAGAAAGUGCAGCAGGAGAAGAAGUACAAAUUGUUGAACAUUUCGUUCAGGAAACCUGUUGCUAAAGUUCAGGGAUAUCAGGAACUGUAUCACGAGCUGCUGAAGGACAAUCCAGAUCUCGAGAAAGUCAAGGCGGAAAAUAAAGAUUUGCUGCAGUACAUAGCUAAGACGCCGGUGGAGAAGGACGUGAGAAAAUGCAUACAUUCGUUUGUGGUGGACAUACUCCAGAACAAGGACGUGAAGAGGAUAGAGGAGCUGUCGGAGAUAACGCAAAACUUUUAUCACGUGUUUGGAAAGCGCUUGGAGAACAGCACCAAAUACGCAGAUAUACCGCCAGACAUUAAAGAGAAGUUGUUAGAUUACGUCGAAAGAUACGCCAUGACUUUGUUGUACAGAAUCCUUUUUUGCCCCCCGUUCACGUCGGAUGAAGAAAAAGACCUGGCUAUACAGAAAAGGAUACGGCAGUUAAAUUGGAUUAGCGGUAAGAAUCUGGAAUGUAGGAUUCACGAGACGAGCUCGGACGUUAGAGAACUUGUUUACACAUCUAUUACAGAUCUUUUAAAUAUGGAUUCCGCUAAAGCGCCCCAAGAGAAACUUGCGUGCGUGAUUCACUGUUGUAGCAAUAUAUUCUUGUUGUUGCAACAAUCCGUCGACGGGCCAGCGUCUGCCGAUGAAUUUCUUCCGGCGCUUAUAUUCAUCGUUUUAAAGGCUAAUCCCGCGCGUCUCAAAAGCAACAUAAAUUUUAUCACGAGGUUUUGCAACGCUAGUAGAUUAAUGACCGGAGAAGGAGGAUAUUACUUCACAAAUCUGUGUUGCGCGGUGUCGUUUAUCGAAAAUUUAACCGCCAAGUCUUUGAAUAUGGCUGAGAAGGACUUUAAUGCGUACAUGUCAGGGGAGUGCGUUCCAGCGAAUACAUGGGAAUCAGCUCUUAUGAUAUGCGAAAGUUUGCACUUCAUGUGCGAAGAUAUAACUUUACUGGACAACUUGCAAGCCAAAAAUACCGACAUUAUAAAGCAAGCGGAGGAACUGAAAAACAAAAUGAUGGACUUCAAGGAGAAGAUCAGGGAGGAUGUGAAUAAAGUGAUCGAGAGGACGCCGCUGCUGAUAUCUCACAGUCAGAGGGUGCCUACUAAUUUGGAUAGCGAGGACAUCGAGAGCUACCAAUUACCGCCGCCGAUCAUUCCGCAGAUAUAUCCGCAUUCGAUCGACAACAUGAACGGUGGCGUGAUGACGGAUCUGUCGGGUGAUUUAAUGAGAACGUCACUGGUCGAAGAUUCCGUGACGCCGUCGCCGACAUUCGACUUCCCGUCCUUCAUCGGCGACGACAGUCUGGAGGUUAGCAAAGGCGAGGACGAAACUAGUCUCAUCAGCUUGGAUACUCAAUCCGAUCUCGCGUCGGGCGAGACCCAGCUCUUCAAGAAACACAUGACGGACAGCUUGUUGGACGAGUGCCCGACACCCGAGGCGAAUCUACAACCCGUUUUGAAACCGAUCAACUCGGAUGAUUAUCACGGCUUCACGAUUCAAGGAUCAAACAUACCGACAAUCCCGUGCAGCACAGGUGAUUCAUCCUUAACUCCGGCCGACUUGGACUCGGAUAAUUAUUCCGGUUACUAUCAGAACAUGUAGUAUUAGUGAGAAAUGUGAUCCAAGUAUUAUUUAUGCGGGAAGCGUAUAAUAAAACUUCGAUUGCGGUAGCGAUUCGAUUAAGAGGGAUAUUCAACGAUAUCACAAUUUUAUUAAUUUGUUUGUAUUUAUAGAGUUUAUUAUAGAUAUGUGUAAAACAGAAUAAGAAAGAAUAAUGUCGUAGUGAUGUAUGGGAGCCUCUUCUGACGCUAGACUGAGAGAUGUUACAAUUAAGUUGCUGUGAUAAAAUCAUUCGCUUAAUGUAUCUGAAUUUUUUUUUUAAUAUU